AUGAUAUCAAACAAUUCAGGGUACAAACUCAGGGCCUCUAAAAGCUCUAGAGAGGUUCAAGAAUAUGAUUAUGGAAAUUCGGAUGACAACUAUGAUCACGGUCUGGACGAAGAAAUUAAAUCAUCUGCAUAUCUGAAAGAUUCUAGAAGCAACAAGGGAGGAUCAGGAAGGACUAGGUCUACUGAAUUUAGAUCCAGUAAAAUCAGUGAUAGAAGAGGAGGACCUAGAACCAGAGGUUCCGGUUUACCAGGGAGGAAAGAUUAUUCUGAUAAUUUUUAUAAGAGAAAUUUCGAUCCCAGAAAUUCAGAAGUCCUUGGAAGUAGAGGAAAAUUUUAUGAACCAGAGAAGAAAACCGAGAUUAAAUUAAACCUUCCAGAAGAUACAAGAAUAUCAAAACUUCUAAGAAGACUUAAUAUAGAAACUGAUCAAGACAACUCAUUGGCCAUAUCCAAAAAACUUCUGGAAGUUCUUUUAAUACCUGACAAUGCACACUAUGUCCGCAAAGCUUUCCACAUACUUGGGGAAUCUAUGUAUGAAAUUCUACAUGUGUCCCCUGGUCCUAUGGCAAAGAGAGAAGCUGCAAGGGCUUUGGGACGCAUGGGUUACAUAAUGGGUCAAGAAAAUGACUUUGAAAGAUAUCAGCAUUGGUUAUUUAAUAAAAUGACAAAUAAUUUUGAAGAGAUGCAAAUACUACUUAUGAAAAGUCUUAAAGAAACCUUGGCUUUUGAAGAGAAGAAACCUGUUUUACAAAGCCACACAGAAAAUCUUAUCAAUAACUUAGUUUUAGCUAUUGAAACAACAGAGAAUGCCGAAGUAUUCAAAGCUAUACUUGAUGUAUUGAUCACAGUAGUUGAAAUGUACCAAGCAGAAUUUUAUGAUCAAUUCAGAGAUACUAUAGACUUGCUGUUUGGAUGGCAUGUUGAUCACACACAACCACUUUGCAACAUAGAAUUUAUAUCAAAGUGUCUACAGAGGAUAUCACAUCAUUUUAAAUAUUAUUCCGAAUUUUCAAUACAGUUAAUAGAAAAUUUUCUUGAAGAUAUUAGCAAUUAUUCGACACAAAUAAAGGAAGCUGGAGAUACGAACAGCCUCGACCAUGUCACAGUUUUAAUUUUGGCAAUGAACACUGUGUUAAAAUGUUUGGGAACGUCAUUUCAUCCCAUUAAUAACAAGACUGUUACUUUAGAGUUUAUUAAUUCAUCACUUACUAGAAUAAUCAAAACAGUUAGUGACACAUUAGAAAAUUAUGUACCAGAGAAUUUAACCAUCGCUGGUAAUAACUGCAUUGGUUUGUUGCUUGGCUAUCUCGACAAUAAAUCUCAAUUUCUUUGUAGUCAGAUUUAUGCACUAAUUGAUCUGGAAAUAUCUAUGUUGUCAGACUUAUCAGACGCAACUGUUAUAUCACUGUUAGUUUUAAUAUCUAAAGUGGUUAAGGAACUAUCAGCAAAUUUGCCCGUAGAAAUUAUAGAUAAGUUGAUAGGACCAAAUUCAGAAAUUGUUAAACUGCGAUACUCUCCUUUUAGAAACAUUCAAGAAGCCGUUAUCUGCGUAUACCAAGCUUUACUGAAUCUUAAAAACGUCUCUCUAUUACAAGAAGCUUACAGAUAUGUACUGGGCGAUUUAGAAAAAGCAUAUUCCCAGAUAGUACCCAGUAUUCAACCUUUCACAACAAAUAACCCAUUUAUAAACUACAGUGAACCCCGCAACCCAGAAGAGACAACUUUAUUUCUACUUAGAUGUGUUUCGCAGUUGGCCAAUGCCAGUUCAAUUAUUGUUAUGUGGGCACUUAAACCAAGUAUCUUAGAGCUUGUUGGAGUUUCCAUGAUUCCUCACGACGCGUGUCUUUAUAAAAAAGCACCUUCGCUGCAAUACUGUAUGCUGUAUCUACUGUUUUCUCACUGUAAAUGUUACAAUCACUUUAUCUCCAAUAGUACUCUUGUCAACAAAACGCAAGAGGUUACCAAUAUUAUGAAUAGGUUUGCUCUAACGGAAGGUUUGAACAUUAAUGAUGUACCAAACAAGUCACCAAAUUCCGGAAACUUUGCAAUCAUACUGGAUAUAAUAUACAAUGCUAUUUCUGCAGAAACUUCUAAUGACAUAUUGUUACUUCUUCUACAAUGGCUAAAUGAUGUUCUCAUUAAUUCAGAGAUAUAUUUGGAACAUCUUUAUGUCAAUGAAAAGUUUUCCAAAAUGGUGGAUUCGCUAGUCAGAUGCGGUUACUGUUUUAAUGAUAAAAUAGUUCUUGCUGUUUAUGCUAACUUGGAUAAAUUACUGUCGAACAAACAGUUGUCGUGGUCAUAUAAUUUUCUCUCAAACAUAAGUGACUUGUGUAAACUACACAUAAACUCAAACAAACCAGAAAUUCGAAAAUGUUACACUAAAUUGUCUUCUAACAUCCCGUGGGAUAUUGCGGUAGUUGAACUAAAUAAGUUAAAUUCUAUUUAUUCGAUGAAACAGAAAAGCACAUAUCUCAAGGAGUAUAAUAACUACAUGGUAUAUCUAGCACAACAUCUACACCUUAACGGUAGCGUAGAUGGAGAACUAUAUCCGUUACAUUUUAAAACAUUAAUGAAGUAUUUAUUAAAUAGCGACAAACUUCCUUCGAAUUGGAUGAAUGAAAUCUUUACUAGCUGUUGGGCAAUUGAAUCCGAUUCUCAGAUGAACAUGGAAUUGUUUUUUGAACUCGUUGUAAAUAAUCGCCAAAUUUUGAAUAAUUGGCUAACACUGGAAGCUGCUGAGUUUUGUGUGAAUUAUAAAUUAAGAACUCCGUUGGGAAAACCGAAUGAAACUUUUACGAAGAUCGAAAGUUCUUUAAACAAUUUAGGAAACGAACUCAUAACUUUAAAAAAGACAACUGAAAAAUUACCAGAGUCUACAGUUCGUAGUGACGGAAACAGAGUUAGAAUGCUAUUAAGAUUCGUAGAAAAUUUAGAAAAGGCCAUUUACAAUGCUUCAGAGGGUUGCGCAAUAUCCAUGCCGCCUGCGUCCAAAGUUGUUCGAUCUUUUUUUAUCGCUAAUACAAAUACCUGCCAUGAAUGGUUCUGUAGAAUUCGUAUAGUAUUGAUGCACGUGGCAUUGCAUUGCGGUGAAAUCAAUAUCGCCCUUAGAAACGGACUUUGUUUUCUAAAAGAAUGCGUGAAUCUAGGCAGAGUGAGCACUAUUGAAUUUGAAAGAGUAGCAAUGAUAGUAACACUAACGAUGCUGCAUCUUAAAGAACCCGAAGCUCUUUAUGGGCUGUACUCUUGGUGUAAAACCGUCGUGGGGAAACGUUAUCCUUGGAUGAAAUGUGCUUCUGAACAGUGUUCUAAGAAGUACGAAAUGGCCGUGGAAGGUUAUAAAAGAAUUCUUCAAGAAGAAAAUAAUCCAGAUGAAUCAGACGAUGGUAACAAAUUAGAUAGUGAUAUACACAAUUUUAUUCUAGACCAGAUUAUUGUUUGUUACAAAGAAAUGAGCAACUGGAUCGAUUUGUUUCAAUGGCACACUGCUCAGGAUAAUGUUGAAAAUGGAAGAAAAUAUUGGUUUAAUGUGACCGAUUGGGAAACUAAUAAAAUACUGUUCGACAUGGAAUCUCAAAAUUUAGCGUUUGAGGAAUUAGGAACGUGGAGUUUUAAAAGUAAAGACACCUGGAGCAUAUAUGAAAAUGUAUGCACUACAGAAAGUAACUUAUACAACGUUGCAGUAAAAUUAGCCCUCAGAAAGGAUCAAAAUUAUAUUCCAGAAAUAGAUUCAAUUAUGUCCAAUAUCCAGAACAAUAUCGAAGAUCAUCUACAUUUGGCUCCUUCGGAGUUUCUGCAAAAUUUUUCUUUAUUACAUUAUGUAGGCAACGGCUUGAAGCAUAUUGCUCAAGGCAAUUUAGCACACACAGUCUUUUUAGUGUCAGAAUCUUUUGAAAAUGAAAUUCACAAAAUUGAUUCCAGUGUACUGAGGAAAAUUCUCUGGUGGUCAGAAUAUUUUGGAAGGGUCCAAAAUCAAGGCUUCAAUGUAUUUUGUAGUAACCUACGACUGGAUAUUAUAAAGAGGUCCAGGAAAGAGAAAAAUUUCCAAAUGGCUAUAAAGCAGAUCCAUAAAUUUUUCAACGACAAAGAUCUAGUAAUGGCAGGGGAGUUAAACAUUGUAGAUAUUACGAAUACAUUUAUGCAUAAAAUUCAAGAUAUAAAUGUUUGGACUGUAGAUGUAGCUAGAGCUGUUUUUGAAGUUAUUAAACUGUCUUAUUCCUACGAGCAGAACCAUCAGCAGACCUUCAACCUAUGUGCAGCAGCAUCUACAGCUAUAUCGAAAUAUGCAGAGUUAUUCGGAAUCAACGAACUAAGAAAAAUCAGUAGUAAAAUCUUGCUCAAAUUAUCAAGUUGGUUGCAAACUAAUGAAGGCGUUUCUCUCACCGAAAUGAACAGUCCUCUAGGAAAACUUGUCCUGGUGUUACCUGAAAUCGGAAUGGUGGAAUCUCAUAGCACCAACAUAAUUCCACUAAACGAAAUUGCCAUUGGCAAACUUCUUCAAUUCAGCGUUCAUCACUACGGAAGUCUUGCCAAAAGCUGGAAUGCUUUUGGCACCUGGUGUUACCGCUGGGGUAAAAAAAUAGUCGAUCACAGUUCAGAUAUUAAAAAUAAUUUGAGCGAAGAGCACUGUUUGGAAAUUAAAAAGUUACUACCACCAGAUACACCAGAAGAGGACCUGAACAAAAUAUUUAUAAUAUUGUCACAAACAAGGAACAUCAUAGACGAGGAAGAUAUCGAUUCUAACGAAAUCAAAACUUCAGCGAUGAUUCAGUCGCAAUUGCAGUGUGUCGGAAUUUUGGAGGAUGCCGUUGAGAACCAGCUCCAAAGUUUGAUACAAAUUUGGAAGAGUACCCAAAAAAGAAUCUAUCAUUAUUAUGCUCUUAGUGCAGAAGCUUACUUCAAAUACUUGCAGCUAGUUCUACAAUCAGAAAAUGUUACAAAGAAUACGGAGUGUAACACGAUAACAGUUACAUUAAGACUCUUGCGACUGAUUGUCAAAUAUGCUUUGGAGUUACAAAAUAUUCUUGAAGAAGGUUUACAGACGACACCAACUCAUCCAUGGAAAGUUAUUAUUCCCCAACUAUUUUCAAGACUCAACCAUCCAGAGAGUUACGUUAGACUUAGAGUAUCGGAUCUGUUGUGCAGAGUUGCUGAAGAUGCUCCUCAUCUGAUUACUUUCCCUGCCGUUGUCGGUGCCUUAGAAGGGGGAUUGAAGUUUGAUUUUUCGGAAAUAACUUUACCAAAAGACUGUUUAUCGCAGAAUAACGACUCUGAAGACGAAAACGAACUCAACGAGGAAGAUGACAACUAUGACAGCGAUGAUAAUGAAGAACCGAUUAGUAACAACAAUAGUUUACAAAUCUGUUUUAAAACAAUGGUGGAUACUUUAAGUAAACAAGAUCCAGAAACUAUUGCACAGGUUCAAACAUUAGUUAAGGAAUUAAGAAGGAUAACUCUUCUCUGGGAUGAACUGUGGUUAGGAACUCUUGCACAACACCAAUCUGAAAUCAAUAAAAGACAACAGCAGUUGGAAUAUGAGAUAGAAAAAGUCAACGAUAAUACUAGUUUGGAUAAAACAGAAAAGGCAUCACUGAUCAUAGAAAAGCACAGAAUUAUAAUAAAACCAAUUGUUUUUGUUCUAGAACAAUUACUAGAUGUUACUAGUGUUACUGCGGAAACUCCACAUGAAAAACAAUUCCAAGAAAAAUAUUUAGACGACAUUGUUAAUGUUCUAAAGAAACUGAAAGAUCCUGACCAUCCCGAAAACCCCCAAGAAUCGCUACUUCCCCUGAAGCAGCUUCAAAAGAAAUUCCAACAAAAGUUCCAUAAACGAGCUUCAUAUGCCUUAAAAAUGCAAGACAUCAGUCCAGUGCUUUUUGCUCUUAAAGACACAGUGAUAUCUAUGCCGGGGCUUGCUUCAAUAGCAAAGAAAAAUGUCACAAUUUCUCACGUGUCCAAUAUAGUUUCUAUCCUUCCCACAAAGACAAAACCUAAAAAAUUGGUAUUUUAUGGUUCUGAUGGGCAAACCUAUACAUAUCUUUUUAAAGGAUUAGAAGACUUACAUUUAGACGAAAGAAUAAUGCAGUUUCUUAGUAUCGCCAACACAAUGAUGGCUCAAAUAGCAGAUCCUUCGGGUUCCAACUUUUACAAAGCUAGACACUACUCUGUUAUUCCUCUGGGACCAAGAUCUGGGUUAAUAUCUUGGGUCGAUGGUACUAUUCCUGUGUUUUCUUUGUACAAGCGGUGGCAACAACGUGAAAUCGCGAAACCAACCUCCAAAAACUUCGGCGGUAACGCGACCGCGAGUGUUUUACGUCCGUCUGAACUGUUUUACAACAAGCUGAACCCACUGCUGCAAGAACACGGGAUAAAAAAUAUCGAUAACCGAAAAGAGUGGCCUCUGAGCACCCUAAAACAAGUUUUAACAGAACUAAUGAAUGAAACGCCCAGUGAUUUGUUAUCGAGGGAGUUUUGGUGUAACUCUGUGAGUCCCGAUGUAUGGUGGCAGGUGAUCAAACGGUAUUCUUACUCGAUUGCUGUUAUGAGUAUCAUUGGUUACAUCAUCGGUUUGGGUGAUAGACACUUGGACAAUGUGUUAGUUGAUUUGACUAGCGGAGACGUCGUGCAUAUUGACUAUAACGUUUGUUUUGAAAAGGGAAAGACGCUACGCGUUCCAGAAAAAGUGCCAUUUAGACUGACACCGAACAUAAAAGACGCCUUGGGGGUGACAGGAGUUGAGCACACAUAA